AUGCCUCCGGUCCUGAACCCCUUCCUGCGGGCCUUUUUCCGUAGCACUCUCCCCAGCCAGUGCUCACCAGUUCAGCACCACGUCCUCCUCGUUCCCACCACCGAAGUCCUCCUCACCUCCCGCGACCGCGACACGAAUGCCUCGUACGCCGACCUGAGCGGCUCCGAAGAGUUUCUGGCCAGCCAUGUCCUGCGCGUCCCGGGCGGCGUGGGCCCCAACAACCAGGUCAAGGAUGGGUCAACGUUCAGAGAAAGCCGGGGCAAGGCAAAACAGUAUUCGACAGCGAACGGGAGGACGGUGAUAAUCAAGGACGCUUUUGUUUAUAGCAACAAGGGCUUCAAGACACUGAACCAGGCACAGCUGCUGAACGAUAUAAUAUUCUUCCCUGAUACGUUCGAACCGCAGCCAUGGCUGGUCUACUUCAUCUCGCGGCCGCUCAUUGGAACGUACGAUGCGACGCCGAUAAUACCUGCCUCUUUACCAGAUCCUACCAAGGAACGCGCACUGAAACAUCCGCCGGCGGGCCCGUCCAAUAGCGGUCCGACGGCGUCCAUGCCGCGGAAGAAAGACGUCAAGUCCUUUGGAGACUUGUUGAACCAUUUCCCCAUGAUCGCGCGGCAGAUGCAGCCGGGCCUUGAUAGGCUCUUCACCGAAUUUAGGAAGGAGUUGGAGAAGCCGCUUCCGCCUACGCCGUCCCGAACGUCUUCUCUAAGCUCGCGGAGACGGGGGUCUGUGUCAUCCGCAGAAAGCGUUCCUUUGUCGUUACACAGUAGCAUAUCCGGUCCCAAUGGGUUCAUCUCGACGUUGGAGAUAGACGACGAGGAAGACCUAAUGCGAAGGUCGUUGGAGACAGCAGUCAUUGCGGCGAUAGACCUGUUUCAAGGGUUGGACAAGCAACAACUCUCUCUGCUUGGUGCGACGACCGAUUUGACUGGCCCCAUCGUGGAGCGCAUGAUCGAGAAAUACAUCACCGAACAACUGCAUGCAUUCAUGUUUCCUCGUUUACAGCAUAUUCGAAAGUCGGACGAUGCCGAGCUUGAGAUGCGGAUGCGACAAAUGACUGAUAUCGACAUUUCGCAGGUGGGCAUCGACAUCGGCCAUGGCCGGAAGGGCAAGAAUGAGCUCUCAGUGCGCUUGUCCAAAGCUGUCGAAAUAUUCAAGAAGACGGGCGUAGCUGGCAGUCCGCAGGAGAUGGUGGAAAUCCUCCUUGCCGUGCAAAAGAACAUCACAAUGCCUGAGGCUUCUUCGACUUCCGGGAAAGGUCUUCUGAAUGGCGAUUCUUACUCGGAAAAGAACGAUCACUUGCUCACAAUCAAUGCAGACACACUAGUGUCUCUGUUGCUUAUUGUGGUCAUACGAUCCCCAAUCAGGAAUCUACAAGCACGCUUGUCUUAUAUGCGCCAUUUCAUCUUCAUAGACGAUGUGGAAAGCGGCGAGAUGGGUUAUGCGUUGAGCACCUUUGAGGCUGUACUCUCAUACCUGGUCAGAGAUUCUGGGAGUUUGCGCAAAGCCAGCCGGCGCAACAGAACUUUGUGGCAGGCAACCAAAACGGGCGACCUCGCAACACUACAGGGUGUACUCGAGCCCUGGAGGUCUUUCCACGAAGACGCUUGGGCUGAUUCGGACGAGGACGAGGACAUCCGCGAAAACGUUCGGCCUGUCAGGUUCGCACCAAGCGCCUCGGAGCUUUUAGCAUCAGCUGAAACAGCCGUCAACGGAGACGCCGGAUCUUCGUAUAAGCCCGGCAGACUGUCUCGGCUCCGACACAAAGGCGAAGAUGGUCCUCUAGCUCAUAUAUUCCCCUUCCAACGAGCUCCAACCCCUCCAGUACUAGACCUUCCAGAGCGGCCAAAACCCAAAAAGAGGGUUUCGAUGGACACAAGAAGUAUGUCUAGCUCCUCGGCAGUUUCUUUCCGAUCGCAUACCACACUGGGGUCCCGGGGCACAGGCAUUGAAAGCGAUACAUCGAUAGAGAAGCUGUCGAAGACGCAGGGCUCAGAGGGCGAGUCCGUCUUGAUGAUGGCCAUUGAACAUAAACAAGACAAGGCGCUGCAGUACUUGCUUAGCCUUGCCGAAUUCUACGCGCCCGAUUUCAUCCUCGAGGACUGCAAUAACGAAGGUACGACCCUACUCAGCGCGGCCGUACAAAGUGGCCACGCGAAGACUACCGACGUCCUUCUCAAUUGGAUCCUUGAAAUAAGACCAGCGGAGGACAUUUUACGAGCGUACCUGGCAAAGCAAGACUCUAAAGGCCGCUGUGUGGCACACUAUCUGUUCACCCAGCCACUCCUCAUCGACCGAAUCGGUCACCUCGUACCUUGGCGACUAAAAGACAAAAAUGGGCAGACUCCGAUGUUUGCCCUUUGUCGAUCUUACGACCAUGAUCAGUAUCGUGACAUGAUCGACAGGGCACUCCACGCCGCUACUCGAGCCCAGCAUGACGGUCAACCAUUACACUUGGACGAGCACAUCGACAACAAGGGAAACAGCCUCCUUCAUAUCGUUGCAGACCCUCAGAUUGCAGUCAGGUUGCUAUAUCGGUGCGACUCGGAUGUGAACGCUCCAAAUGACAAGCAUUUUACGCCGCUCAUGGUAGCCAGCAAAUAUGGUCGCACUGAACUAGUUCGUGUCCUGUUCCAGGAUCCAAGGGUUAAUUUGUCCGUUAAAGAUGUCAGGGGCCUUACAGCUGUUGAGCUCGCCAAGGAUGAUGAAGUGCGCAACCGAAUCGACGACAUGGUCCUGCUAUCGAACGAGCCUGGCCCUGAUGGUCGCACGACUACUGUCGUGAGAUCAUUCUUUGUCGAAGACGGAAGUAUCCGACUCGUUCUCAAGUCUGGUGCGCCCAAUUCGAAUGCCACCAUUACCGUCACAACCUGCCGGCGCUCCCUUCAAGAUUUUGAAAGCUUAGCCAAAUGGCUAGCGCAGGAACAUCCAGCAUCCUGGCUUCCGGUCAUAAACAACCUUGCAUCUCCAUUCUUGAUACCCUCACGGCCGUCUCGCUCCGUACUCCGGGAUAUCCAACUCCGGCUGGAUGCUUUUCUCAAGAUCCUCCUGAAACAUCCUACGUUUGCGACCCAUGAGAUGGUCUGGGAGUUCUUCCUCGUUCCAGACAUCGAUCCAGCGAUGCUCGCAGAAAGAUCCACCCGCAAAGCGGAGCUGCUUGGUGAACGCAUUCGGGAGGAUUACGCUCCCAUCUACGAUGUUCGCGAAGUGGAAUUGUUCGUGCAGCAUGCCCGCGAAUCCGUUCGCUCUCUACACCAUGCAUCGAAAUCUGUUCUACGCCGGACUAACAAAAUGCGUGCCACAGCCACCGAUCUUGCCGACGCAGCAAAGCUCGCCAACACUGCGAUACACACUCUGACCUUCCUGCCCGAGGCUCACUUGAGAGCUUUAGAACGGUACACCAAGACUCUGGUCCAAAGUGAAGCAAGCCCCUUGGCAGGCUUCUACUACAAUGUACACGCCAUUGCGAGCACCAUCAACGCCAUACUCACCGCUUUGAACCGCCCCUCCACGCUCAUCAAUUCCAUGUCUGCUACUCAGAAAGCGGUCGACCGUCAUUCCCUCUCAAUGCGCCGAUCUGAUCGUUGGCCUCUUGGUCUUCUGGAUGACGCUCGCUCACGCAUGCAACGCGAUGCGCAGGAAAAGAUGGAACGUGCAAACGAAGAGCUCUCCGGCUUGGGUAAAGAAUUGCGAUACACACAACAGGUUGUCGCGCAAGAGCUCGCUAGCUGGCAAGAAAACCGCGUGGACAUGGGUCGGAGAGCACUGAAGGAGUUUGCGCGGAAGAUGGUGGUGACUGAACGAGCGAGACUGGAGAGUAUGAAGCGUGCUGUGAGAGACUUGGGAAUCGGUGGUUCGAAGUCGCAGGCAGUCAGCAAUGGUGUAGCGCACGGUGAGGAUGAUUCCAGCCUCGAGACCGAAAUGCUUGCGAGGAGAGGGAGCAUCGAAGAUGUGACAGACGAGGUAGACGGCAGGCUCGCUGCGGAUCCCGAGCCGGAUGCGAUCAAUGGCGAUAUCGACGCAGCAGAGGAUGAGCCCCUGAUCCCAUUGGCAUCACCGUUAGAAAUUGAUGGUGAGAUGAACGGCGUUAUUGGGGCGGCAGAGGAUGAGCAGUUACUGCGGGCCUCAUCUGAGACGGACUGA